CAUUUUUCAUAUAACAUAUAUAUAAUCAACAGCAGAAGUAGUAUCCAAAAAACAAAGCAACUAAUUAAAACUAACAAUCAUUCAUAUAAACAAAAAAAUUUAAAAAUAAUAAUAUAUCAACCACUUUAUAUAAAAACAAAUAUAUAAAUAACAAUUAAUAUCAUAUGGAAAGGUUAUCAUCAUAUUUUGAAAACUUUUCAGAAACAUCAAAGAGAAAAAAAGAUUAUCACAAAGUUAGACACGAAUUGCAAACUGAUGAAAACUAUUUAAGCGAUCCAGUACCAUCAACAGAAACAGAUGAUCAUUCUUUAAAAAAUGCUGAUAUGAUUCAAUUGGAGGAACAGACACCAAAUGGAGAUUUGGCCUCAGACGGUGGAGCAAAAAACUUUAAAAAGUGUUUAAAUGUAACCGAUUUAUUAGCAUUUGGUGUCGGUAGUAUUAUUGGUUCUGGUAUUUUCGUUACUACAGGUGUUGCUGCAAGAGAUAUUGCUGGACCAGGUGUUUUUCUCUCUUUUAUUAUUUCUGGUUUUUGUUGUUGUCUUUCUGGUUUAUGUUAUGCCGAAUUUGCCUCUAAAAUCCCAUGCUCGGGUUCUGCCUAUUCCUACUCAUAUAUUCUUAUUGGUGAAUUAGUUGCAUGGAUUGUUGGUUGGGAUCUUACCUUGGAAUAUAUGAUUGCUAGUGCUACAGUCGGUAGAGGUUGGUCCGGUUAUUUAAAAUCAAUCAUUAUAUCAGGUGGUGGCUAUUUACCAAAACCUUUGGAUCCAAUAGAUUUAGGUGGUGGUUUUUCCGUUGAUAUAAUUGCUUUCAUGAGUAUUAUUAUAUUGUCAUUGGUCAUUGCUUUUGGUAUGAAGGAAAGUGCUAGAUUUAAUAAAAUCUUUGUCGUUAUCAAAAUCGCAAUUAUCAUAUUUAUUAUCAUUCUCGGUGGAAUGCAUACAGACUCUAAAAAUUGGUCCAACUUUGCCCCAUAUGGUGAAAAGGGUAUAUUUGGUGCUGCCGCUAUAACCUUCUUUGCCUAUUUGGGCUUUGAUGGUGUUUGUAAUGUAGCUGAAGAAGUCCCAAAUCCACAAAGAGAUUUACCAAUUGGUAUUUUAGGUUCAUUAGGUAUCUCAACUGUAUUAUAUGUUGCAGUUUGUGUGGUUUUAACUCUAAUGGUUCCAUAUCAAUUACUUGAUCCAGAAGCACCACUUUCAGUAGCAUUUAACAAUAUUGGAUUAAAUUGGGCAUCUAUUAUCGUUGCUAUUGGUGCAUUUGCAGGUUUAACUACUGCUCAAUUAGGUGGUUUAAUCAGUCAACCAAGAUUAUACUAUUCAUUAAGUAAAGAUGGUUUAUUACCAAAAUGGUUUGGUGUUAUUCAUCCAAGAUUCAAAACACCAU